CAGUGGCAAAUAGAGGGUUGGGUUUUGGAUCGAUGAACCAAAAAGAUUCCUUGAAAGUUGAGAGCUGGAAUCGGAUGAAUGUGUACUUUGUGUAGUCACUCCAAUUAGCAAUGAAAGCUGUCUUCUCGCCGCCAGGUGAUUACAUACACUUCAAGUCUCAAGUCCCUCUUCACAGAAUCCCUAUUGGUACAAAGCAGUGGCGAUAUUAUGAUUUUGGUCCCAAAGUGGUUCCUCCACUCAUUUGUCUUCCAGGAACAGCAGGGACAGCAGACGUCUAUUACAAACAGAUCAUGUUAUUGUCAAUGAAGGUAGUAUGUUGAGUUUUUGACAACAUCGAUUCUGAUCUUGUAUAAAACACCUACCAAAGAGGUUUAUAUAUAUAUAUAUAUAUAUAUGGUAGGAUACACUCACACACAAAGGGAUCCACUUACACACAAGUCUUAUACACCACACUUAGACAAAAUCUUGACUAUUCAUUUCUCCACCUUCAAUGGUUGAGAUUUAUCACAACUUUUUUGAUGAAAAAGGUAAUUAUCUUUAAUAAAUAUGAUAAAAAGUGAAUAAAUCUCAACCAUUGAAAGUGGAGAAAUGAAUAGUUAAGAUUUUGUGCAAGUGUGGUGUAUAAGACUUGUGUGUAAGUGGAACCCUACCCUAUAUAUAUACAUAUCUUUGUUUCAUUCAGUAUCUUCUAUGUUAAUACAGAUUCCACGUACGAAUCAUAUUGCCUAUAUGAUAGGUGUUAAAAAAAAAUUAUCAAAGCAGUUCCUUUUAUAUCUAGACAAAACAAGGGCCAAAACCUAUCCAUAUGCUAAUUGCAACUACUUUGAAGGUUGUCAUGUAGUAAAAUUAUAUUUCUCAUUUGGCAAUUGGUGCUCAACUUUGCCACUUGGGUUGUGAUUUUAUUAAACUUAGUUGAUGGUAUUGCUACCAUGAAUUAUUUCAAUUGCCACCAUGAAUUAUUUCAGUUGCCAUGACGUUUGUUUGAUUUUAAUCCAAUAGCAUACACUUCUACAAAUGUUCAGGGUUACCGAGUUAUUUCAGUCGAUAUUCCACGUGCAUGGAAUCAUCAUGAGUGGAUUCAAUCUUUUGAAAAGUUUUUAGAUGCUAUCAGUGUUCAUCAUGUAAGAUUUAUUUUCUGCCUUAUCCAUACUGCAGCCUUUUUUCCCCCUUUUGUGUGCAUCUGUGGUAGAUAGUUCCUUGAAUAUUUGUUUAGCAGAUGAUUAAUGAAUCUCUUACAGAUACAUCUCUAUGGUACAUCCCUUGGAGGCUUCCUAGCACAACUUUUUGCUCAGCAUCGUCCAAGACGUGUUCGAUCAUUGAUUCUCUCAAAUACCUUUUUGGAGACACGGAGUUUUGCCGCUGCAAUGCCAUGGGCUCCUGUUGUUAGUUGGACCCCUUCUUUUUUGCUGAAGCGAUACAUCUUGACAGGAAUUCGUGAUGGCCCUCAUGAACCAUUUAUAGCUGACUCUGUGGACUUUGUUGUUUCCCAGGUAGACUUUUAUGAGGGUCAGGGUGUUUAUCUUUUAUUGUUAUUAUUAUCUACACAUUGUUUCUGCAUUAAAACUUGAUUGCCUCUAGGGGCAAAGUUCAUGACAUGUUUCCCAAAGCAGAAGAGAAUGCUUAGUCAUAUUAUCCU